CUAGCGGGCGAUCGUCGCGCCGCCAGUGUCUCGCGGUUCAUCGAUCAGUGUGGUGUGUGUCGCGGAGUUGUUGUUCCGGGAGAUUUUUUUUAGUGGUUUGUUCCUACUUUCCCUCCGAUGUUUCACGGUGUUCAUCUCAGGAUUCGUGCGGACAGAGCGGUCGUCGCGAACGGGACUCACCGACAUUACGGUAGAAAGAUGCCACUAAGGAUACACUGGAUUCUGAUUAGCAUGGCCGUGGUGAUCCUCGCGGGAUUCAACGCCGCUACCGAGAAAACCGAACAGAGCGACAAGCAGCAGAGAACGUCGGCAAGCUCUACUUACAACACUUUCGACGACUUAUAUUUGGAUGACCAAGACGCUUUAGAAGGGUCCGGUAGAGGCGGCACUGAUAAUCGCGACGACCUCGAGGCUUCGGGCAGCGGCCUUGGCCCCGACGACGAGGACGGAGACGACGACCACGAAUAUACCGGAAAUAAUGGAUUAGAAGUUCCGAGCAAACCAACCGAGGCGAGAACACCUUACUUUGAGGACACAAACGCUAAAACUAAACCACAGACAACUGUUGACGUAAAUCGAGGCAGCGCGCCCGACGUGAACGAACCACCCGGCACGGAGGACGACCACGCCGACAACUCUGACGAAAUCCGCGAAGUCUACAUCAUGAAUCCGAAACACGAGGAUCGCGCCAGCUCGUUCUUCGCGCAGCCUGGCGUCCUAGCAGCUGUGAUCGGCGGCGCGGUAGUAGGUCUUCUCUGCGCGAUAUUGGUGGUCAUGUUCAUCGUGUACCGGAUGCGCAAGAAGGACGAGGGCUCGUAUGCCCUGGACGAGCCAAGGAGAUCGCCGGCGGCACAGGCCUUCCCUAAGCCGGGAGCGCCUCACCACAAUCGGGAGUUCUAUGCUUGAGGCGACGGCGGUGCGAUGACGACGACUUCGCCGAUCCCUCUCGCGAUCUCACGAUGCCAAGCCACGUAAAAGACCACCGACGAUCAACGCCCGCUUUUCGGCAUCCCGCUUGGUCGAUGGUGAAAACGAUUACCUCGGCAAUCCGCCAUGGCGCGCUCAUAUAGACUUUCCCGACGCGAAGUUUUACCGAGGAACGUCGCUCCGAACGUCGGUCGAUUAUUAUUAACAAACAACAUUAUACACACGGAUCUUCUCGUCGAUAUUUGCUUGUUCUUAAGUAGCGCGCUCGAACAACAUAUCCCUCGUUUACUUCACUGAUUCUUCGCAUUUUCUCGAAAAUUAAUUCGUUUAAGAUUUCUCUCUCCUCAAGCUUUCUCUUUUCUUGAUGUCAUUUUUAAAAUUCUCAACGCGUGUACGAGCCGCGAUAACGACGUUCGCGCGCACGCUUCUCGGCCGCCCGCGAACUCCUCUUGAUUCUCAGAAACUAUUUUCUUACACGCUGUAUUUCGUCGUGGUAAAGGAUAAAAAAAAAAAAAAAAA